GCAGUUCACUUCCGAGUGUAGGUUAGACUCCCUCCCCUCACACACACCCUCUCGGAAAGGUGUCGGAGAGAGAGGCUUAGCUAGCAACAAGUUGUGACAAAUCCUUUUCAUCAAGGCCAGGGAGUUUGCGGUAAAACUAAAGUUGGGCGGUGAGAACCAUGCAAGAUUUUCACUGAAUGGACCGAACUGAAGAAUCGAUUUGAGUGGACGUUUAUUUUUCUUCUUCUUUCAGUUGAGUCUGGCAUACCUCAUCCUCUCGUGUCUAGGCUACUACCUGCGUGUGUAGGGAGCCGAGGACCCACCCGAAGAGACACUUUUAUGCUGUGAUUUGUCGGUUGUCUUCUCUCAGAAACGGUUUAGGACCGAUUUAAAGGAUUUGAAAUGCCUGGGAACGAGAGGGUUUCUCGUCUCUUGAAGGAGAUCAUUCAAAAACCAGGGAACAACGCUUGCGCAGACUGUGGCGCGCCUGAUCCUAGUUGGGGCUCCUGUUCCCUAGGAGUGUUCAUCUGUGUUCAAUGUUCCGGGAUCCACAGGAAUAUUCCUGACAUCGGAAUGAAGGUGAAAUCCCUCAGCCUCUCCCGCUGGGAAGACCAGGAAGUAGAGUUCAUGGCGGAGAACGGGAACGGAUUGAUGAAGCAUAAAUAUGAGGCGGUGGUUCCUGUCUACUACUACAAACCUACCCACAAAGACUGCCAGGUCCUGAGGGAGCAGUGGAUCAGAGCAAAGUAUGAGAGGAAAGAGUUUACAGGCGAAGGGAAGAAACUGACCUAUGAGGAGGGAACGAGGGAUGGAAUGUUGAUGAAAAGGGGGCGGGACAACGGCCAGUUCCUCAACCGACGAUUUGUUCUCUCAGAAAGAGAGGGGACACUGAAGUACUUCACCAAGUAUGAUGCCAAGGAGCCUAAAGCCGUGAUCAAGGUGGACUCUAUCAACGCAGCCUUCCAGCCAGAGAAGAUAGGUAACCCCAACGGACUACAGAUCACCUACCUAAAAGACUACAUCACCAGAAACAUCUUCCUCUACCACGACAACGGCAAGGAGAUAGUAGACUGGUUCAAUUCUAUAAGGGCCAUCCAGCUGCACUAUCUAAAGGUGGCUUUCCCAGGGGCUAAUGAUGCAGAGCUGAUGCCCAAAUUGACCCGCAACUUUCUGAAGGAGGGCUAUAUGGAGAAAACAGGACCCAGGCAUACAGAAGGGUUUAAGAAGCGUUGGUUCACCCUAGACCACAGACGUCUCAUGUACUACAAAGAUCCCCUGGAUGCCUUUGCCAAGGGUGAGGCUUUCCUAGGGCACCAGGACCAUGGUUACAGCGCUAGCCCCGGCCUUCCCGCCGGAACCCACUGCAACGGCGCCUGGCAACAUGGCAUCACCAUAGUAACGCCCGAGCGCAGCUUCCUGUUUACCUGCGAGACGGAGUUCGAGCAACAGGAUUGGCUGAAACACUUCAAUGAUGUCAUCAGCAUCCAGAUGUCCCCUCAGGAGUACUCCAUGGAGGCUAUGUUCAGACACAAGCAUUGAUGGACCUGUGGCCUGAUGGACCCUUCCUCCUCUCAUCCUCCUCUCCUCCUCUCCUCUACCCAUCCUCUAUUCCUCCUGUCAUCCUCCUCUCCUCUACCC